AUGUACAACCCGCCUUACCAAGCAUCGGGGCAAUAUGGCGCGCCGGGAGACUAUACAGCUUUCCCCGGCGCACCACCUGGAAUGGGUCCUCCUCCUGGUAUGGCAGCCCCAGGCAUGGGUGCUCCCCCUGGAAUUCAGCAGCAAGAGGCUCACCAACCAGUCAGACCUGGCUCGUUCCCGCCUACGUUUCAACCCCCUCCCAAUAUGCCAAAUAUCAACUUCUCCGCACCCGUGAUUCGCCUGGGAACCUCUGGUGCCUCCAAGCCCGACACCCCCGGUGGCCGUGAGGAUCGAGAAAGAGGCGGACGAAGACCUGGCCUAGGCGCGGGACAGGGCUCGGAUUUCCGUGGAGAGAGAGACCGGAUCACCCAGAUCCAGCCACCAACGAAGGAAGAGAUCAUCAAGACAAUCUACGUCGGCGGCAUCACCGAAGGGGCUGGAGGAGAUGAAGGCAUCGAACGGAUAUUGAACGCGGCAGGAAGUCUACGGAGAUGGGUCCGAGCCACGGAUGCCGACGGCAAGCCUUGCAAGUUUGGUUUUGCAGAGUACGAAGACCCCGAAAGUCUCAGUACUGCCAUAGAAGUACUAAGGGAUAUUGAGGUUCCCGUCAAACGGCAGACUCCAGCUGAGGUGAAGGACGACGAGGAUGUCGAGGUUGAGAUGUCAAAGUUGGUGAUUGUCGCCGAUGAAAACUCACGAAGCUACAUCGAACAGUGGCAAGAAUCCCACGGUGGGAGGGAUACGGAGCAAGUGGAAAUGCGACUUGAUCAUGCUCGGAGUGCCCUGGACGCUGUCCUCAAAGAUCUUCGCAAUCCCACAGUUCAAGCACAGAAGGACGAAAUGUCGAGUAUUGACCGAGAGGGCGACGUCAGCAUGACGGAUGGAGCAAAUGCAGAGAAUGCGACCGGAGAUGUGGUCACCAUUCCCAUCGCCAUUGAUGAUGAACUCUCCGACAUUCCAGCAGAAAUGCGUGAGACUGUGGCAAAGGAAAUCGCAGCAUUCCGAGAUCGGAGCAACCGCCGUGACCUGGAGCGUAUGAAACGCGAAGAAGAGAUCGAACAACAGGAACGGAAUCGCAUGAUGAACGGUGAUCGUUUCAACCGUCUCGCAUCCCCACCUCCUUCAGCGCCUGCAGGACCGGCUGGCACAAACGGUAUCCCGGUUGGUCCGAGAGGAGCACCUGCUGGGCCAAAAGGCUUUGGAGUGCAAAUACCAAGAGAAUACCAGAAAGGUGUUGUGUUUAAUGGAACAACAAUUAGCGGCGCUUCUGCAUUUGAAGACGACGAUACUGAUGCUAGCGAUGAAGAGCUCGAAAGACGACGCAAGGAGAGAAGAGAUGCAGAACUUGAGAAACAAUUCCUGGAUCAGGAGCGUCGGUGGUUGAACCGGGAGAGAUCACGGACGGAAGCCGUGGAACGCGUAAAGAAACGCGAAAAGGACGACGCUGGUCGCCUGGAGGAGGAAAAGGAAGCAAUGCGCAAACGAUUACACGACUGGAACGACGACACCGAGGCUUCUCGUAGAACCGAGGAGUACUAUGCUGACCGAAGCAUGUGGAUCCGGAACCGAGCAAGCUUUCGCCAGCGUGAGAUGGCAGACGACGAGGCAGAUCGUGCAGCCGAACAACGAGAGCGGGCCCGCGAAUUACAUCAACGAGAGCGGGUGGAUGCCAUGGCAGACGAUUUCCUCAGUCGACAGGAACGAGAAAUGCUCAACAAAGAACAGGAUAGACAAGAGGAGGACCGCGCCCAGCCUUCGCGCCGUGAACCUGCCCGCUUCAAGCUAUCUCUGGGGGCUGCAGCGCAGAAAGCAGCUGCGCAAAGUGCGUCCCAGGUAUCGAAACGCACCGUUGCAGAUGUGGAGGGUCUUCUUGAGGAUGAAGAGGAAGAAUCCAAGGCUGGCACACGUAGAACGCUCAUACCUAUCGAAUACGACGCCUCGACCACUGCCGGCAUGUCAGAAGAAGAGCGCGCCCAAGCGGCUCGCCAGCUCGCAGCUGAUAUUCCUAAUGAUAAGGACGGGCUGUGGACAUGGGAUGUCAAGUGGGAGUUUGUGGACGAGAGUAUCAUUGAAGAGCGCCUGAAACCUUUCGUGGAGAAGAAGAUCGUGGAGUAUCUCGGCGUGCAAGAACAAAUGCUCGUGGACGUGGUCGUCGAUGCUCUCAGAUCCAGGGGGAAGCCGCAAGACUUGGUCGGAGAACUGGAGGGUGCUCUGGAUGAAGAAGCCGAAGUGCUUGUCCGCAAGCUCUGGCGAAUGCUCAUCUUCUUCUCGGAAUCCGAGAAAAGAGGUCUCGCUGCCUAG